GCUCUGAAAAGAGAAAAUGCAUUUUGGUAACAGAAAUAAAAUUUAGUAUUAUAUUACAGUGUAUUGACGAAUGUUAAAAAGUGACGUAACUAACUUUGUAUCGCAAUAACAACUCUGACAAAGACAUUUUGGCAGCUUUCUCUGAUACACUGUAUUUUUAUACCAAGAAACAGGGAAAACCACGUAAAAGAAGAGCAUUCCCGUGAAACCCACGAUAAACUUGCUUAAGUACCAAACAAAAUUAUCGGUACAGUGGGGCAUCGCUAUUGAGCUUGAUCACUGGUUGUUCGGCAGCGUUACAACUAUGUGAGAAAAAUGUAGUAUCGGCAAUAAACUAAAAAUAUUCUAUCGUUGUAUGAUACAGUUUUUCAAGAAUUGUAUUUCUGAAUUGUUAUUUGCAUUUCAAAGUCACUCUUCUUAGAAUAUCUUUAAAACGUGCGAAUAUACAUCUUCGCAACGCACCUUACCUUACAUGAAUGAAACGAUGCUUAAAAUCGAGAAGUUUUAUACUUUUUUCGUGAACGACCGCAUUACAAAUAUCGCAACGUCGCUGCUACGUAAAUUUUACCAUAUAUUUUGAACUAUUCGGGAAGGUUAAUUGCUUAUUGUCGCGAUAUUUUGUUUGUUUAAUUUAUCGUUUGAAUUCUGAAUUACAUAACAUGUUUGUAACUUCGAGGCCCACACGUUUCGUUCCACUUCCGACGAGCGUGCAUUUGAGAGGCACGCGCGAGGAUUUCAACCGUGGGGGACUUUUGCAAUUGUUAAAUUGAUGGAUUUAUUAAUUUUUGUAUACCAGGAUUUCGGGUUACCGUGUUUCGCGUACAGCCCCCAGGACGCGAACAAAUGCAAAGUGUGUCGACUUGCAAAUGUCGAAAAGUUGUCAAAAGGCCAAGAACAUUGCCUACUUUUGAUACUCGAUUUUCAAUUUUGUCAUUCCCUCUUCUUUUUUAAUACGAUUCUAAAAUAGUUUUAAAGUUACUUUUAAUCCCAAAGUGAAUUAGGAGAAAACGUUUUCGUUUCUUCUCUCUCUUUUUUCCCCCCAUUUUACGCUCUCAUCUUAUCUCGUUAUUAAUAAUUCUUGUUAAAAUUCUUGGUUCGUUGAGCACGUUGUUCUCGCAAGGACAGUCUCGAGGAGGGCCAAUCUUAGCUAUGGAUAUUCCGAGGUGCAACAUCUCUUCAGUCAUGCAUCUUCAACGAGGCUCCACCACGAGCAAACGAUGGGAAGAUGUUGAAUGACCUGUCAACAUAUUUGCCGUACUGACAACACCCUCGAGCAAAGCUGUCCAUGUCCGAUAGGAAAAACGGAGAAACGUCUAAAGUGACACCCCUUCGUUCCACGCUCAUUAGGGCAAAUUCCUCGAAACAAGAAAUAGUAAUUAUUCGUGGAAAUCUUGAAGAAGAUAUACUCUCUGUACGGAGUAUCACAACGAUUUAAGAUGAAGACCGAGAGCGGUAAUUCGACUCAAGUGAAUUCCGGAAUCGAGCAACGUUUGAGGAGUCCAAAGUGCGCUAGAUGUAGGAACCACGGUGUAAUUUCCGGACUGAAGGGUCACAAGAGAUCAUGUGCGUGGAAGGACUGUCGUUGUCCUUGCUGUUUGCUAGUGGUCGAGAGGCAACGGGUGAUGGCCGCUCAAGUUGCACUUAGAAGACAACAACAGGCUCAAGGAAAUUUCUUCGGUGAAAAUGUUUCGAGCGUUUGUCACACCCCGAUUGAUACGUCUGCUUCGCCGUAUCUACUGAAAACAGAUCAAACACCAGUCUGUCGAAGAGGGAAGAAUAUUCAACGUCAUCAAUUACAUUUUACGCAAACCAGCAUUAGCGUAACUCAAGGAUUCUAUGGAUUGAAAACGAUUCACGGUUUACCUGCAGCAUUUACCGCAGACGCUCCAUUAUUGAAUGGUUUGUCACAAAAUCAGGAAUACAAACAAGAAUCCGAAGGUUCGAAAAAAAUACAACCCUUCCCAAGUAUGUAUUCCACGAUUCCGUGGUUCGAACAGGUCGCAGAACCUCGUAAGAUGAAGAAAAGUUUUAACAAUUUUACUUCCUCUGUGAACGAUCAAAAGAAUAUUUCUGCUGCUAAAAGUGGACCUUGUUUGGAGAAGAAAUCGACGAUCUCUUUUAGCGUAGAAUCUAUCAUUGGAACAAAGUGAUGAAUGAUUGUUCUGUAUGAAAUUGCAUUUCAUUAUUGUAAAUAGGAAUUUUUAUGAAUUGAUAAAUCUUAUUGACAUAUACUUAUGGGCAGUAAUUAUGACAUAAGUGAAAAAAUUUCAAAAAUUUAAAUUAUUUUCUUAUGAAAUGCAAUCUAUAUGUGCUUGUAAAUCUUUCUUUUUUAAGUAUUAUUUUAAGAAUUAUACAUAUCUUUCCAAUUAACAAAUUUCUAAUUUGUUACAUAUACAUACAUAAGAUACAUCAUUGUAUAUUAAUAUUACAAUAAAAUCUUACAUAAAAUCAGA